AUGCCCUCGGUUGCCAACAUCCACAAGCGCCAUGUCUAUGGCAAAGAUGCUUACACCUACUACCCCGUGCUCAUCGUCGGCGCGGGUGAGUCUGGUGUAGCCAUGGGCUGCCGUCUCAAGGAGGCUUUAGGAACGGAUCAAUUUCGGAUCUUUGAGCGGCAGUCAGGCAUCGGUGGUACCUGGUGGAUUAAUCGAUAUCCCGGCGUUGCUUGUGAUAUCCCUGCUUUGUUCUAUUCUUUUUCGUUUGCUCCAAAGAAGAACUGGUCGACGCUGCACCCAUCGGGGCCAGAGAUUACACAGUAUCUUUCAGAUGUCUGUGAGGAGUAUCAGAUCGUCGACAAGAUCCAAUUUCACACUGACGUCCGAGAGCUUCGCUGGAUUGAGGAAGAUGAGGAGUGGGAGGUCCUGCUCUCUCACCUUGUUCCUGGGGCCGGCGACCUGUCAUCCUAUGAGCGGGAGCAGCUUGCCAUCAAGGACGGCCCGCAUAGUGUAUAUAUCAAAACCGAAAUUGUGCGGGCCAAGGUCGUUGUCAGCGGCGUGGGUGGGCUGGUUGAACCGAAGACAUGGCCCCAGGAUAUCCCCGGCAUCGAAGACUUUCAAGGAGAAGUCGUGCACACAGCCCGAUGGGACAGUAAUAUCGACCUGCAAAACAAAGAUGUCAUCAUGCUUGGCUCAGGAUGCAGUGCCGCCCAAGUCAUCCCCGAGUUGGCGAAGCCAGAGGCUAAUGUCCGCUCCAUCACCCAGCUGAUGCGCACUCCUCCCUGGGUUCAGCCGGAUCUCUUGUCCCCCAAACUACUCGUUCAGUGGGAAAAAUGGAUGCCGACUUUGCUGACACACGUCCCGGGGCUGUCGCGCUUCCUCCGCUACAACCUGUUCCUCAUGUGUGAACAUAAUUUCUUUGCUAUGUUCACCGAUACAGCCUACGCACGCAUGAAGCGGCCGAAGAUUGAACAAAGAUUCUUGGACCACAUGCGUGAGAUGGCGCCAAAGGAAUAUCAUGACAUUCUGACCCCCAACUACAGUCUUGGCUGCAAGCGUCGCAUCAUUGACGGCACUUGGUAUCGCAGCUUGAAUGCGCCAAACGUCAAGCUUACGACACAACCGCUGACCCGAGUUCAUGCGAAGAGUGUGACGAUCGGACCGGGUAGUUACUACCCUCCAGGCAACGAGUCCAAUGAUGAAGCCAGGGAAAUCCCGGCCGAUGUAAUUCUCCUGGGAAAUGGAUUCGAGACCAACCAGUGGCUGCAUCCCCUGAAGGUGAUUGGCAAAGACAAGAAGGACAUGGGCGAUCUCUGGGCUGUGCGAGGAGGCGCCCAGGCGUACCAGGGCAUUGCGAUGGAUCACUUCCCAAAUUUCUUCAUGAUCUUCGGACCGAACACGGUCACCGGCCAUACGAGCGUCAUUUUCGCAACCGAGAAUGCGGUGAAUUACUCGCUAAAAUUCAUCAAGCCCAUUUUAGACGGCCAGGUCAGCUCCUACGAGGUCAAGGAAGAAGCUGAACUCGCGUGGACCAAGCAAUUGCAGGACCAACUGCAGAAAACGGUCUUCCGCCAGGGCGUCUGCUCCAGCUGGUAUAUCACGGCUGGUGGUUGGAACUCAACGACCUACCCGUACACUCAGCUUCAUUAUUGGUACCGGUGCAUGUUCCCGAUUUGGAGCGAUUGGACUGUGAAGUGGACUCGGAAGGGUGCUCUUCUACAGGGACUUCGGAAGACUGUGCGCCUGUCUGUCACUUUCGGCGUCAUAGCGGGAUUGACAUGGCUGCAGAAGAACCCGCACCACCGCAGCCAGGUGGUCCUGGCCUUGUUGGCAGGGAGGGAUUGGUUCCUGUCCUUGGCGCGUGAAUCGCCCCAGCUUGAAAGUACCUCGCCUCGGUCCGGUCCUGGCGAUCAGCCUGGCACUCCGGCCGCCGAUACAGCCAAGAGGAAGGCGGAACAGAACAACGGAACGCAUACGCGCGCAAAGCGGAAUCGCUACAUCUCCAUCGCAUGCAAUGAGUGCAAACGCCGCAAGAUCAAGUGCAAUGGACAAGUCCCAUGUCAGCGAUGCGGCCAUCUCAAUUUGGAAUGCCGAUAUGCGCCAAACUGCUGCAACAACAACUUCAAAGAAUCCGAGGAGUUUCGGUCGAUGACCUCUCAGAUAACCACGCUCCAGGAACAAGUCAACAGUCUCUUCACCAACCUCAAUGAGCUUAGAAACCAGAAACCCGCCUUCGAGUCGCCGCCAUUCGACCAUCUCUCGCGCGAUGGUUCUCAGUCUGUCUUCACUCCCCUCCCUGCUUCCCUGCCAAAGGUGCGGUCCCGCCACCCGCGUUUCCAUGGACCCACGAGCUCGGCCUUCAACUUCGACGUCGCCAAAACCAGUCUGCAGAAUAUGGGCAUCAACCCCGCAGAAGAUAGCAUCCCUGAUGACUUGACAACGGCGCACGCCACACCAGCCGGCUCCCCGGCUCCCCAUUUUGGUUCCCUCGUCCCAACGAUACACCCCACGAAGGAUCCAAUCUGGGCUAUUCGCCGUGAGGAGGCCGUGCGGCUAUGUAAAGUCUAUGAGGAAGAGAUUGGGAUAAUGUAUCCAGUGGUGGAUAUUUCCACGGUUACCGCUCAAGCUAAUCUACUCUACACGUUUAUGGAAGCUGCCACGCGGACGGGCUUUGCACAGCGAGGUCUACCUGGGGCUGACAGUCUUCAUGAUGACAACACGAUUAUUUUGAAGCUUAUUCUCGCAACCACGCUGGUCGUGGAGGGAGGCGGGCAGAGCGAACUUGGUCAACGCCUCUAUCUGACUGUCAAGCCGAUAAUUGAGUCCAAGUUGUGGGAACCUCAUGAUAUCAAAACAAUUCAACUAUUCGCUAUUGUAGCUACCUAUCACUUCCAUACCGAUGACGAUGCCAUGGCCUACCGAUUGAUCGGUCUAGCUGCCCGUAUGUGCCUCGAAAUGGGUCUUCAUCGACGGGAUGCCCUCAUGAGAUCGUUUCCUAACGAAGGCCAAUGGAAUGAGAUUGCUCGACUCUUUUGGUCCGUUUAUAGCUUGGAUAGGCGAUGGAGCUUGGGAACGGGCUUGCCGUUUGUGAUCCAAGAUGAGGACAUUGAUCCCAACUUACCAGAGCCGGAUUCAUCUCUAUUGUAUCUUCGAUGCAUGAUAUCAUACAAUCGCAUCAGCUCGAAGAUUUGGUAUUCUGGCCUGGGCUCCGAAGGCACGACGGAUAUUCGACGCGAUGAAAUCGGAUAUUUAGAUUACCAGGUUCUACAAUGGUACAAGCAGGUGCCGGACGAGCUCAAGUUCUAUCCCGUGGAAUCUCCCAAGAAUGGCGAGACCGCAAGCCGAGGCAUGAGACGUCUCCGAGUCCUGCUGUACCUACGCAUGAACCAGCUGCGGAUUCUGAUUUACCGUCCGGUGCUCCAUUCGGCCGCAAGCAUCAUGGAGGAUCGCGGCCAUGCGCAGACGGUGGUGGAUGUCGCAAAGGAUACCGUGCGUGUGCUGGCUCGAUUAAAUCAAAUGUCCGAUAUAUAUCGCACACAGCAGAUUACCUUCAAUUAUUUCCUGGUUGCUGCAUUGGCGGUGCUGUUCCUCGCUGUGUGCCAUGCACCCAAUGACUUCAACCGGCAGGUGCGCGAUGAGUUUUACAUGGCCUUAGAUCUCAUCAAUGGGUUCAGCACCAAGUCUUUCGUGUCGAAGAGACUGUGGAAGACCAUCAAGGGUCUCCGGAAGAUUGGUGAAAAACUGGGUGUGUUGGUUCGUCCGUUUGGCUCGGAUGGUAACGAUCCUCACUCCACCGCGGCCGUGGCGAUGGCCGGCCUUGCGGGACAUUCCAUCGAGGAUCUGUCCAUGUAUGGGCAGAUGAAUGGGGUCAAUGAGCUGGGGAACAGCCCUCUGAAUGGUCUGCAGAUGAGCCACGAGCUGACAAAUCUGUUUGAGGCUGUCGGAUCAUUCGGUAGCUUUAUGCCGGCCACCAGUGGCGCUGAUGGCAUCAACAGCUUUGUUAGCACCGAUGGUGAAAUCCAGAAUACCGGGGAGGGGUUAUCGGGGAUUCUGGGAGGCGAGGAGGAAUUUUCUCGCGUGCUCCGCGACUUAUUCUGA